AUGAAGACAAAAAAAUCAGAUAAGCUCCGCAACAUUCACACCACAAUGUCAACUCUCAAACUCUACGCAACCAUAGUCCUCCUAUACUGCGCCCAAAUAUCUCAAGCUGUAUGCCCAAGGUUGUGCGAAUGCAAAUGGAAAAGCGGAAAAGAAUCUGUGAUAUGCCUGAACUCGAACCUAUCAGCGAUUCCCGUCAACCUAGAUUCUCUCACUCAAGUACUCGACCUCACCGGUAGCAGUUUGGUUACCGUUAAACACGAAGAGUUCAGCAAAGCAGGCUUGGUGAAUCUCCAGAAAGUAUAUCUCGCCAAAUGUCACUUGAAAACUCUGGAGAGAUACGCAUUCAAGUAUAUCAUUAACUUGGUGGAGCUGGAUUUGAGCUUUAAUCUCCUAACAAACGUUCCUUCACACACGUUCGAUUCCAUUCCAGAACUAAGAGAGAUCAAACUCAAUGGAAAUCCCAUACAAAAAGUGUUCGACGAUGCUUUCCUUUAUGUACCACAACUUAUAAGAUUAGAAAUGUCGGAUUGUAAAAUAUCUUUGAUAGAACCAAAGGCAUUCACAGGAUUGGGAACCUCACUGGAAUGGCUGAAGCUGGACAACAAUAAGCUUGCUGAUGUGACAGCUAAGUCUUUCACCAGUCUUCAAGGGCUGCAUGGCAUCGAACUCGCCGGUAAUCCCUGGAACUGUUCUUGUACUCUGAGGCCCCUGAAAGAAUGGAUGAUCAGAAAUAAUGUCCCCUAUGAUAUACCACCAGUAUGCCAAUAUCCUAAGAGACUGUACACGAAGUCUUGGGAUAAACUAGACUUGGACGAGUUUGCUUGUGUACCAGAAAUUUUCGCGUACGAGAGUCAGACUCAAGGUAUUGAGGGUAAAAACGUUACCAUGACUUGCAGGAUCGCAGGAAUUCCAGAACCCAACGUGAGAUGGAUGCUGAGAAACAAAGUUAUAGCCAACCUCACCGGAACCACAUACACAACCAGCAAAAAGCUGUAUAUCGUUCGUUUGAGCAACAGCUCGAGUGACUUGACCAUCUUCAGUACGGAUCUUCAAGACGCCGGUACUUACGUGUGUGCGGCAGAGAACAAAGCCGGUCGUGCCGAGGCCAGCGUGACUCUAGCGGUGUCUAAAAAACCGCCGGACGGUAGUUUCAGUAGCAAGGUUCUUCUGGCCAGCGUGGUGACUGGAAUAUCUUUAGUGGCCGUGUCGUGCUUCAUAUUCCUGUGUGUAUGUUCUGUGCGGAAGAAAAGGGUGUUAAAGUGGCAUAGGCGCGAGUGUACACGCGAAGACAACUACGAGAAGAUCGAGAUGAACCACAAGGCGGUUAAAGAGAAUGGUGGGGCUAGUACCGAGCAACAAGACCCUGCAGUGAUAGAGAGGAGAAACGGGGAUUACAGGGUGGUGCCAGGAGGUGAUACAGAUCAGGAGGUCGAAGAGGAGGAAGAAAGUAAUGUGGGUGGUUCGUCUUCCAGUAAGAGGCAGGAGAAUGCGGAGGACAAAGGUUGGGUGUCACCGGAGCAUACGUUGGAUCCUGAGGAUCUGCAUAUACCGCGGAGGACCAAACAAGAGAUAAGAGACCACAUCAAGCAUCCCUGCAGUUCGACGUGUGGUACAUAUAACCAGUUCUCGCCGUCGUCAUCCACCGCCCCCCAACCCACUGCCAGGCGGACCCUGCCCGCCCGCCCCGCCAGGAACUGCCAGGAUCUGGCGGGGAAGCCCUCGGACAAGCGGUUUCCCGACCUGCUCGAGAGCUCGCCUACUGGCAGGUACCGCGGGGCAGCCAGCGAGAACGGGAGCGUGUCGGACUUCAACGAGAUCUUUUGCACGCUGCCCAGGAAGAGAGAUUUGGUGGGCAGUUCGCGGUACAGGAGCUCCGAUAGCCAGUCGCCGCUAUUGCCGGACAGUAGAUAUGGCAGUAGCGGCGGCGAGAGCUACUUUGGCAGCCAGGAGGGCACCUGCUGCCCCCCCAAGUCGCUGGACUCCCAGAAGUACCCCCUCUUCGGGAUGCCUGCGAAUUUGAACAGAAACAGGGUAAACAAGAUAUCGAACAGUUACUUGAAUCUGACUAGGGAAGAGAACAAUGCUACUAGAGAGUCCCCCCACGAAACGAACGCCACCCCUCUUCUCGACGUCACCGCCCUGGAGAGCCGCUUCUUUCCCCCCAAUCGAAGGGAGUCUGCCCUUUCGCCCCCCGCGACGAGCACAACUCCCAACGCCAACUCCUACGAUCACCACGCGGCGCAGCUCGAGAGGUUCCUCGAGGAGUACAGGAGUUUGCAGAAGCAGCUGACGAAGAUGAAGGAGACGUGCGACAAUUUGUGCUUGGAGAGGGAAAAAGAUCAGCUUCCAGACAGUUCUGCGACAACACCAUCAUCAUCAGUUUUGAGCAACUCAGCAACUCAAGCUGUCUCUCCGAAUUCGAAUCAAUCGUUGGAAGAUUCUGUGGAUUUCAGAAACUUUGAGAGUGAAUUGACUAAAUAUUUGAUAUCGAAGAAACUGUCACCAAAUCUAUUUGAAAAUAAGUAA